CGACACGUGUGUAUUUUGGCCGGAAGUCUACUGCAGUGUCGUCCGUUUGGCGGAUAGGUUGCAGCAACAAUGGCAGCUCCGAGUAGGAAGCAGACUUUACGGUUCCUCAGCCAGUUAGGAGCGUUUAUCCUGACCCGGUUCGGCUUCUGGAACUGCUUCAGCAUGUUGAUGCUGUUUGCUGAACGAGCGGACUCAAAAAGGAAGCCAGACAUCCAUGUACCGUACCUGUAUGUGGACAUGGGGGCUGCCGUGCUCUGCGCCAGCUUCAUGUCAUUUGGGGUGAAGAGGAGGUGGUUUGCGAUGGGCGCAGCCAUUCAACUGGCCGUCAGCACUUAUGCGUCAUAUGUUGGAGAACAGGUGUACUACGGGGACUGGCUUAAGGUACGCAUGUAUUCCAGAGCGCUGGCCAUUAUUGGAGGCUUUCUGGUUCUUGCCAGCGGGGCGGGGGAGGUGUACAGACAGAAACCUCGCAGCAGAUCCCUGCAGUCUACUGGACAAGUUUUCCUGGGAGUCUACCUCAUCUGCAUGGUGUACUCCCUCCAGCACAGCAAAGAGGACCGGCAGGCCUAUCUGAACCACAUUGUGGGAGGAGAGAUCACUCUGAUGCUGCUAGAGGUGCUGUUUGGGGUGCUGGCUCUGGCCUUCCUCUCUGGCUGCUACAUCCGCCUGGCUGCACAGGUCCUGGCCACCAUCCUCCCCAUAGUGGUCCUGCUCAUUGACGGCAACCUGGGCUACUGGCACCACACUCGCAAGGUGGAGUUCUGGAACCAGAUGAAGCUGAUCGGACAUAACGUGGGCAUCUUCGGCGCUGUGCUGAUCCUGGCGACUGACGGUUGAAACCUUUUGGACGCUCCGUGACAACUUUUACAGAUGAAGGUGUCGGCACAGGAUGAGAUUGUCGGCCUUAAGGCCACAGCCAGACUUUGUACUCAAAGCUGCCGUCGCUCGGUGACCUCUCAGGAUUCAAACACUCCAAGCUGAGACUGUUGGAUGUAAACAGCGCCGAUUGUAUUUGCCCACCAGUUGGUAUCUUUGCUUCUGCAAGAAAAAGAAAAAAACACAAGCUUCCUUUUUUCACAAUUUAAUAAUUUAUUCAGAUUCAUGUUUACACUUUUCUCUGUUAUGCUCUGAAACAUGACACUGAGUAUUAAUACUGUAUCUACAGGAAAAAUACUGUCUACUCCAAAAAGUAUAGUCUUAAAUAGUAGAAUGUUUUACUGUAUACGGUUCAAAUAUUUUGCAAAUAAAGGGAAACCUAAAGUUUAACUUGUGGCAUUUUGUGCUACAGUACAUUUGAUAAUCAACUGUUUUUUGUGCUUCUUUUCACUUGUGCAUUCAUGUGAAUUUCAUUAAAUUGAAUAAGCACAA